CUCGGGCAGUCGGGACUAGUCGGGGACACGAACCACUGCAGCUGUUGGGAAGGGAGAGGAAACAGCGGGGAACUAGACAAGACGAGGUGGUUGAGUCCGAAGUCCCCGCAGUGUCCCCGGAUCUUCACUCAGACCAUCUUCCCCCUAUACAAACCGCUUGCGCUCACGUCCUAGAGCCGGAGGACACAGCAGUGCUCAGCGGAACUCGGUACCGCCGUCCGCGAUGAGGGAGAUCGUCCAUAUCCAGGCAGGACAGUGCGGGAAUCAAAUUGGCACCAAGUUUUGGGAAGUGAUCAGCGAUGAGCACGGGAUUGACCCAGCCGGAGGCUACGUGGGUGACUCGGCGCUGCAGCUGGAGAGAAUCAACGUCUACUACAAUGAGUCAUCCACCCAGAAGUAUGUUCCCAGGGCCAUCCUAGUGGACUUGGAACCAGGAACCAUGGACAGUGUGAGAUCUGGGCCUUUUGGUCAACUCUUUCGGCCUGACAAUUUCAUCUUUGGACAAACCGGUGCAGGAAACAAUUGGGCAAAGGGACAUUACACUGAAGGAGCAGAGCUAGUAGAUUCAGUGCUUGAUGUAGUGAGGAAAGAAUGUGAACACUGUGACUGUCUGCAAGGAUUUCAGCUCACUCACUCCCUGGGAGGAGGAACAGGGUCUGGUAUGGGAACACUGCUCAUCAGCAAAAUCCGAGAGGAGUAUCCAGACAGAAUCAUGAAUACCUUUAGCGUCAUGCCUUCUCCCAAAGUGUCUGAUACUGUGGUGGAGCCUUAUAACGCAACCCUGUCGGUCCACCAGCUGGUUGAAAACACAGAUGAAACUUACUGCAUUGACAAUGAGGCCUUGUACGAUAUCUGCUUCCGUACCUUGAAGCUUACCACCCCAACCUAUGGAGACCUUAACCACCUGGUGUCUGCAACCAUGAGUGGGGUAACCACCUCACUGCGCUUCCCGGGGCAGCUCAAUGCUGAUCUCCGCAAACUGGCCGUCAACAUGGUCCCUUUUCCUCGCCUUCAUUUCUUCAUGCCAGGCUUUGCUCCUUUAACAGCCAGAGGUAGUCAGCAGUACCGAGCCCUGACGGUCCCAGAACUCACUCAGCAAAUGUUUGAUGCUAAGAACAUGAUGGCUGCUUGUGACCCAAGACAUGGACGGUAUCUCACUGUGGCCACUGUCUUCCGAGGCCCAAUGUCUAUGAAGGAAGUGGAUGAGCAGAUGCUGGCCAUCCAGAACAAGAAUAGCAGCUAUUUUGUAGAGUGGAUCCCUAAUAAUGUCAAGGUAGCUGUAUGUGACAUCCCUCCUCGUGGCCUUAAAAUGGCCUCCACAUUUAUUGGCAAUAGCACUGCAAUUCAGGAGCUCUUCAAACGCAUCUCUGAGCAGUUCUCUGCCAUGUUCCGCCGGAAGGCUUUCCUUCAUUGGUUUACAGGAGAGGGAAUGGAUGAAAUGGAGUUUACAGAAGCGGAAAGUAAUAUGAAUGAUCUAGUCUCAGAAUACCAGCAGUAUCAAGAAGCUACAGCCAAUGAUGGAGAGGAAACUUUUGAAGAUGAUGAGGAAGAGAUCAAUGAAUAAAAAAAAUUUUCCCUAUCACAUGAAAACAUGAAUGAAAGCUUAAUAAAAUUCCUUUAAAUGUA